AUGGUCAUCUGGAUGAUAUGGAAGAAUAGGAACGAUGGGCCUUGGAGUGGGAAUCGAUUGUUACCUCAGGACUUGUUGAUUACAGCGGAAAGUUGGUUACAGGAGUACCAUAAAUGGCACAAGUUGGGAGCGAAAAAAUCCAUGAAGGUUCAGCAGAAGUGGCGGAGACCUGGGGUUAAUUGGGUCAAGUGUAAUUUUGAUGGGGUGUGGAUACAACAAGGUUCAAGGGGAGGUUUUGGAGCUGUACAGCGUGACCAUAUGGGUGAGUUUGUUGCUGCAGCAACGGGACCGUUGGGGUGGACAUGUCCUUCUUUUCAUGCAAAACUUUGUGCUGCACAACAAGCAUUGCUGCUGGCACAGGCAUAUUGCCCAGCUGGUAAAAGGAUAAGUUUUAAAGGUGAUUCCAGUCUUUGA